AUGCCCGCCUGGGGGAUCCUGCCCGUCACCCUGCCCACCGUCACCAUCACCGGCAUGUGGAUCGUGUAUGCCAUGGCACUCUCCAACAACCACAUCUGCCCAGUCCACAACUGGAGUUAUAACCAGUCCUGUGGGCUGGACGGCCCCAUUUCGUGCUGCACUCUGGAUCACAUUCCUCUGGUCAGCAAGUGUGGCACCUUCCCUCCAGAGAGCUGCUUCUUCAGCCUGAUCUGCAGCCUGGGAUCGUUCAUGGUGAUGCUCGUGGGCCUGCUGAGAUAUGCCCACGUCAUCGAGUGCUGCGGGCCGUCCCUCCUCAACACCCUGGGGCUGGCAGCAGGCUGGAUCUGCGCCGCCGGUCUCACCAUGGUUGGCAACUUUCAGGUGGACUAUGCCAAGGUGCUGCAUUACAUUGGCGCAGGUGUGGCAUUUCCUACCAGCAUGCUCUUUGUGUUCCUGCAGUCGGUUCUGACUUACCGCAUGGCGAAAACCAGGGGCCACUACUGGACUGGUCACUUGCGCAGCAUCCUCUCCGCUUUGGCCUUCAUCACCCUUGUCUUCAGUGGCGUGUUCUUCGUCCAGGACAGUUUUGUGCUGCAGCACGUGGCCGCCCUGUGCGAGUGGAUUUUCAUCAUCAAUAUCCUUGUCUUCUACGGCACCUUCACUUUUGAGUUCGGCGCCAUCUCCACAGACACGUUCCUGGUGCUUCUGAAAGCCAGCCGGGCUCCCAAGAGCUACAAAUCUGACAGCAGCACGGCCAGCACAGCGCACGGCCACAGCCACUCCGAGGGCCUGGCCAUGGUCUGA